CAGGCUUUGUUUUUACUGAUUUGCAUCUAAUUGUCGAUUGUUCACAUGCACAAUAGAGUUUUUCUUGCCCGCUGUGUGGCGAAAAUGAGACUAUGAGUUCGCAAGCUGCUAGCUAAAYAUCUAUACUUCACGGCUUACUCACAGUCUACUUAUAUUUCGUACAAUUCCCAAGGUGUUUUCUCAUAUUAGCAAUCAUGACUCUAUCAGUAGAUGAAUAUCUGGAACACGUUGGAGUCAUGGGAAGGUUCCAGUGGUCGAUUGUAAUCAUCGUGGGUAUUAUGUUGGUACCAGUGACGUUCCAAACCCUCAUCAUGGCCUUCUUGGCUUUGGAGCCAGACUGGAAGUGCGUGGAUGGAAGUAGCGUCUGUAAUUUUACUCAAACCUUUUCGCCGAACGGUAUAGACCCGAACAAAUUUUAUCGAUGCGAUAUCAACCGCAGCGAAUGGGAAUUCACAACCCCGUACACGUCAAUCAUAACUGAGUGGGACCUAGUCUGUGAAUACUCUUUUCUUGGAUGGGCUACAAGCGCCAUCAUGUUCACUGGCUGGCUGUUCGGAAACAUCAUCUUUGGCAUCCUGUCAGACAAGUAUGGCCGUCGGAUAAUCCUGUUCUUCUCGUCCAGCAUGGUAUGCUGGUUAGCAUUUGCGAGCUCGUUUGUCCCUUACUACUGGUUGUACGCCAUCUUCAGAUUCUUCAUCGGCUUCGGUCUCGGGGGAUCCAUCGUUUGUCUUUUUAUUAUGGCAACCGAGUUUGUAGGCCCUGAAAAGAGAGCAAUGGCGGGAACGUUCACYUGGUACUUCUGGACAGGCGCGUUGAUGCUGAUAGCUCUUCUCGCUUACUUCAUAAGAGACUGGAGAACGCUGUCCAUAACUACAUCAGCUCCUGGGAUAGUACUGUUCCUUUUCUGGUUUUGCAUUCCAGAGUCUGUUCGUUGGUUGGUUACACACGACAAAGUGCAGGAAGCAGAGGACAUUCUUCUGAAGGUUGGAAAGUUUAAUAAAAGGGAAAGUCCCCAUGACGAGCAUCUUGGCUUGCCCGAUAUACACUCGAACGCUUUUGCGAGGAAAGCUACUUUACUGGACUUGUUUCGGACACGAAAGAUUGCAAUAAGAACAAUCAUUAUAUGGGUUUCUUGGUUCGUCAACGCGCAAGUCUAUUUUGGAGUUUCUCUUGGCUCUGUUCUCCUUGGUGGUAACAUGUACCUUAACUUCUUCCUGACUUCCCUCAUCGAGCUUCCUGGAAAUGCAUUCGCUAUCUUUUCCAUGAACAAAUUUGGCCGUAAGCUGGUAGUAGUGGUGGGCCUGAUUGUAGGAGCACUAGGUAACAUGCUGGUUACUGUCAUUCCAGAGGACCCGACUAACAAAGGUUAUGCUGUUGGACGCAUCGUCUUCGCUUUACUUGGCAAGUUCGCAGUCAUGUGCUCGUUUGACGCGAUAUUCGUGUUUACUGCUGAGUUGUUCCCUACCGUCAUUAGGAAUAUUGGAUUAGGUAGCUCGUCGGCUGCGGGUAGGAUUGGAGCCAUUACUUCACCUUUCGUCAUCUGGUUGGCUCUAUAUUUGACGCAGCUUCCCUACAUCAUCAUGGCUGUUGAUGCUCUCAUCGCUGGAGUCCUGUGUAUGUUGUUACCUGAAACAAACCACGCUCCAACUGCUGAAACUCUGGAAUCACAAGACUACAGUGACGUUGUUGUGCUAAACCUUAAGGAUGGAGCUGAAGGCGAAAAGAAGAUGGGAAAAGACGAAGGAGAUAAGUUACUGAUCGAUGAGAAGAAAAACACUGUAUUUUGAAAUGAGACUGAGUAAUGGGCCACUAAGCGAUGUAUCAAAUUUUUAAACAUUUUUUUCACAACAGCGACUCGCACUCAUUAGACCGAUGCCGCCAAUUACGCUAACCCAGGUAAUUAGGCUAUUAGCAGGCACAAUUCGCUACUAGUAGGCUAUAAAACUUAUAGACUAGCACUAGUAGCUCAACCAAUCAGAACAGCGCAGUAUUGAUGACAGACCACUAGUUGGAUUUGACAAGUUGGAAGUUAAAAAUGGAGCUGUAAUUAUAUAUUCUCCUUUUAUUAUUAUAUAUUCCUAUUUUAUCCAUAAUAUAAACCCAAUCAGCUGAUCUGAAAUAGAGACGUAGAAAUAACGUCACUGAAAAACAUGCAUGAAGCCUGUUAAAAAUGACCAACAAAAAAUGAAAACUUUUAUCAACCGAUUAUUAUCGACAUUAUUUUUCCAUUUGGUGGCCUGGAAAUCCAUAAUUUCAAGAGUAAAAGUGACACCUCAGUUUUGCGAAUUUUCUUGAUUCUGAUUGGCCAAAAUUUUUUCUCAGAUCAGCUUGAAGAGCGAACCCCUCCUAGAGGUGGUCCAGAUAUUUUUAUAGAUUCUAUAGUAACGUUGUUCAGUGGAUUAGGCGUUCUGAGGUCGAGGAAAAAACUGGGUCGAAUUGGCGCUGCAGUGCAUUGUGGGACUUUGGAAUAUGUCACCUGAAACAGUCCCACAAUGCAUUGCAAUAUCAACUCGACCCAGUCUUUUUUUCAACCUCGGAAUGGCUAAGGGCUGACUAGCCUUGCUAACGAAAUUUUGGAAUAUAUUGUAAAUGAAUAGAAACUUUAUCAUGUAUGAUACAGCGUUGUAUUCUCAACAGUAAUUAAAUCUAGUAAUCAUAUUUAUUUGCCCUACAUGAAGAAAUUUGCUGUAAUGUCCAGCUUGGCCUCUUGUCAGUUUAAAUCAUUUUGAAGAAAAAGUCGUGCAGUUUAUGACAUUUUAGUUAUAAAGUGCGAACACUAUCCAUUAAACGGUACUUUUUGAAUUGACUGUAUUCGAGUACUCAGGCGCAUGCGCAUGCUUAAAUACAUGUAUAUAAGUGAAUGUUGCGCAGAUGCAAGCAUAGAGACGCAUGCGUAAAGACAAGUAUGCAGAUGCGUACGCAGAUACAAGUACUUUAACGCAUGCGCAGUUGGAUGAGUAUAGCCUAUUCUGGAUCAGUAGAUCUACAGCAAUCAAAAAGUAUAAGCUCUUUAAUGAACUUGAAAUGCUGACAAACGACAAAUGCAUCGACUUAAUCAAUAAAUACCUCAUCCUAAA